AGCUCCGUUUUCUUUAGUAAACCAUUUAUUACCCGAAGUGGACUAUAAAUCCUGAAAGAAAAAUUCUCACUAAUGGAUUCGAUAUGAAAAGAGAUUGGACAAAUCCUGGUUAAUAAAUGAAUCAUGACAGUCUCGAUCAUAAACAACGACGCAGAUCUUUUAGAAGGAGCCGAUAAGGAAUUGAUAACUUCGGGACCGUUCGAACGUAACUGGCGUGGUAUUAUCAUCGCUCUACUGGUUAUCGCAGCCAUGUGCUCGCUUAUUCUGGCUGCCGCACUCCUUAUCACACCAGCCAGUCUUGGUGGAGCGAUCAAAGGGAUGCCAUUAACGUUAACAGAUAUUUUGCAUAACACGUUGUUGGGUCCAGUAGAGACAAUCGAAUGGAUUGACAAUGACAAAAUUGUGCUUAAAACGAUAGAUUCCAUCCGAAUAGUUAACACUUCUACAAUUCCGAUCACUUCUGUUCUCUACACAAAAAAUGAUAUCCUGGGUAGACAAGGACAUAUUAAUCAAGUUAUUUUCUCGCAUGAUUCUUCCUAUAUUGCUCUUUCAUAUGAUGAUAGGAAGUUUCAGAGUGGUAACGCUAUGACUUAUUUAAUUUAUUCUAUGCAGUCACAAACAUUUGCAUCGGUUGGACCGCAGGGGACGGGUGAUGAGUUAUUGCAACUAUUUGUUUGGAAUCCAAUGUCGAAUGAUUUCGCAUUCGUACACCGAAAUGAUAUUUAUUACAAUGAGGGACCUGAUCGUAAUUAUAUACACCGGAUUACCCGAGAUAAUAAUACAUUGGUGUAUAACGGGAUUGCGGACUGGAUUUAUGAGGAAGAAAUUUUCAACACUAAUGUAGGUAUGUGGUGGUCAAAAUCAGGACGGUAUUUGGCUUUUAUCAAGACUGAUGAUCGUAAAGUCCCACUAAUACAGUAUCCACUGUUUGGGCAACAACAGUAUCCGGCGAUCAACAAAAUACCUUAUCCAAAAACGGGUGUCGAACAGUUACCUGAAGUUACUGUCAAUAUUUGGAAUAAGGAAAGUAAAAUAGCUCGAAAAAUGGGCAUUAUUCUUGGGCAGAAAAGUUUGUCAACCUAUUUAUUCUCAGUCUCCUGGAUAUCGCUCUAUAAUGAAGAUCUUUUAAUGGCUGUAUUUGCUAACAGAUAUCAAAAUGUUGUAUCAAUUACAAUUUGUACCUUCGACUCCGGAAAAUGUGUUUUGAAUUUCAAACAGUAUUACACUAUUGCUGGACAUAGACUGUGGGCUGAACCGGAAAAUUUCCGUAUCCGGCACUUUUCUAAUGAUUCAUACUUCGUCAGCUUACCUGGACACACCGCAUCUGGUGAAAUAUUCACUCAAGUUGCUCGAGUAUCAGUGCCUAAAAGCUACACAUAUGGGAAAGUAACAUUCCUCACCCGAAGUGAUUAUGAUGUGACAUCAAUCACUGGCUACAAUCAGAAGACGAAACUCCUAUACUUUAUGGCUGCAUCUCCAUUGUCAUCGCAAAGGCACAUGUUCACGACUUCGUAUCAUGUAAUCAGGAAUGAUGAUAAACCAGCAAAAUGUGUGACAUGUGGUAUUGCCCCAGAUUGUACAUUCCAGGAUGUGCUGUUUUCAACUAAUGCAGAUAAAUAUAUCCUAUGUUGUCGUGGUCCAGGCAUACCUCGAGUCUAUUUAUCAUCCAUUUCCUCUAACAAUUCAUUGAUCGAAGAAUUGACAGAAUGGAAGGAUCUGGAACAAAAGUACAACGAGAGAGCUCUCGCUACAACGCGAUACGAAAAUGUCACUUUGCGUAAUGGAUAUGUAGCAAUCGUGAAAAUGCUAUUACCGCCAGGUUUCGAUCAAACAAAUAUUGAUACCAAAUAUCCAGUCAUUCUUUCCGUGUAUGCAGGACCAGGUUCACAAAAGGUUACUGAAGAGACAAAACCAAACACAAUGGAUAUGUUUCUAGCAACUAAUACAAAGUAUAUUGUCGUUUACAUUGAUGGUCGUGGAUCUGGCAUGAGAGGAUGGAAAUAUAAAGAACCAUUAUAUGGCAAUUUAGGAACGGUAGAAAUUGAUGAUCAAAUUGAAGCAAUGAAAAUCUUAGCUUCCAAACAUCGAUUUAUUGAUUUGAAGCAUAUUGCAAUCUGGGGAUGGUCUUAUGGUGGAUUUGUCACAGCUCAUGUGGUCGAACGCGACACGAGCCAUUUGUUCAAAUGUGCUGUGAGUAUUGCACCUGUUACGGAUUUCAAGUUUUAUGAUGCCACAUACACAGAACGUUAUAUGGGUGAUGCAAGUGAGCAUGCAUACGAACAAGCCAGUCUUAUCAGAAAUGUUAGCAUGUUCAAAGAAGUGCAGUUUUUGCUGGUACAUGGAAUUUCUGAUGAUAACGUCCAUCUGCAGAAUUCUGCACAACUGAUAAAAGCACUGGGUGAAGCGAAUAUACAAUUCCAACUUAUGAUCUAUCCAGAUGCAAACCAUAGCCUAUUUUGGCCUCGUCUACAUCUGUUCACCAUGCUGGCGGAAUUUUUUGCAGAAUGCUUCCAGCGUUAAGUUUAUAACAUGCC